AUGGAGACUGUUGCAGUUCUUGAUCUGGGAUCCCUGACCCUCAAGGCUGGCAUGCCCUACAAUUUCCCUUCUGAUGGCGAGCCAAGUGUGGUGGUACCUACCCGCGUCGCACACAUAGAGAACCCAGAGGAGGGAUCAAAAGGCACAAGUGCAGAAGCUUCAUCCAUCCAGGUCGUCAGAAGAGGGAAUAUUGCUAGCUGGGAUGGCUUGGAAGCCCUCCUGUACUACGCCCUGUUCCGGCAGCUUGGAUGGGAGGAGGCAGAGGAGGGUCUCUUGAUUGUCUCAGAGCCACUCUUCUUCCCCAGGGCGGAUAGGGAGCGGUUGACGAUGCUGUUGUUUGAGCAGUUCAACAUUGCCGGGCUUUUCAUGUGCGAGCAGAGCAUCAUGAGUCUGUACUCUGUCGGCAAGACAUCAGGCACUGUCGUUGACCUUGGUCACGGCAAGACAGAUAUCGCUCCAGUGAUAGAGGGGCAAAUGUACUACCCAGCAGCGAGACGCCUUAGCUACGGAGGCGAGGACGUCACGGAGUAUCUGCGGCGGUUGCUGCAGCAGCAGCAGGACACAGCCUUCAGGGAAGCACCCAGGAGUGAGCUGCAGCGCUUGAAGGAGGAGUGCAUACGCGUCGCAGAGAGCAGAGAGGCAGCCUUGUCAGAGGUCUGCCAACCCACAGCUUUGAUGGUUGUACUUCUGUGUGGCCGGACGAUCAGCCUGGGCCGCGAAGGGCUGCAGCUAGGGGAGGCCCUCCUGGACGGUAAAGUGAUGGGCAUCGAUGCACCGUCAGUGGCUGAGAGCGUGCUCGCAGCCAUCAGCAGCCACCCUGACCCUGCCAUCAGAAAGUCACUGGUGGAGAACAUCUUUGUGUGCGGCGGCGGCAGCGCAGUCCCGGGCGUGGGCACGCGGCUGCUGCGAGAGAUCGGCGCUCUUGCGCAGCCGUCGCUGCAGCCGGCGCUGUGCCCUGUGCCGGAGUACAUGCCAAGCUACACAGUGCGCAUGGCUGCAUGGAUGGGCGGGGCAGUGCUGUCCAAGGUGGUGUUCCCGCAGAACCACCAUGUCAGCAAGUAUGACUACGACGAGACUGGCCCCGCUGUUGUGCACAAGAAAUGCUUUGCGUGA